AUGGGCACCGUGAAGGAACGGGUCUUCGCCAGGAUGCAGCAACCUCGCAGUUAUGGACGUUAUAUUGACGACAUCUUUGUGCAAGUCGACACCGAGGAUGAGGUAGAAGCGUUCCAUCAAGCAUUUCAGCAGUACAGUGUGCUGAAUUACACAGUCGAACACAGCUUCGAUGAUCGGCUCCCCUUCCUCAACGUCCUUGUAAGCAAGACGGAAGACGGCCUAAUAGACCAAGGCACUUGCGAAAGCCACAUUCCUUUUGGUGAGAUCAAAGAGGUCAGGUGGUACACGUCAGGUGUCAGGAGAGAAAGCCCCCAUCGUAAAGGACUCGUGAAGCCAGCACCGGCCGUAGAGAGACUCAAGAAUCCCAGCGAAGGCUCCGAAGAAUCCGGAGCCACCGAAGACAAACCGGAGCUGGCGGCAGAUUCUGAAACUAUGAUUGCGUCAGAGUUUACCAUUAGAAACCCAGUAGGAGGAGUAGGAGAGAGGAUCAAAUCUUUGUACGACAUUAACCAGGCGACCGACAACUCCGCUGACCCAAAAGAUCAAUUGCUGACCAUGAGGAAGUUCUAUGAAGAUUACAUUCAACAACAGGAAGAAGAACACCAAAAAGAGAUUCAGCAGCUCGAGAACCAGGUUACUCGUUUGUGUGCUGCUCUUCAGGAUAAAAAUAAAUAUCUAAGACAGGCUAAGAAGGACGCCAAAGCAAAGAAUUCUGGAACACUGCCGGCAGCCGAUAACGAAGAGUUGGUUCUUGGUCUGAAGCAGGAGAUGGCACGACUGGCCCAGGAAAGCACGGAAUUAAGAAGACAGCGCGAAAUGGAACACGACCAAUAUGAAGAGACGAUUCUUGGUCUGAAAAGGGAGGUGCAGGUCUUGGCGGACGACAAUCAGAAAAUGAAGAGAGAAAUGGAGGACCAGCAAAGCGGUCUCUUGGAAGAACUGAGUCGUCUCCAAGAUGGAAACAAGGAAAAGGAGAUGAAAAUCGACCUCCUUGAGAAAAACCUGCAGCUUCUCCAAGACGAAAAUGGUCCACAUCUGGAAGAAAAACAACGGAAAGAGAUCGAGGCUCUCGAGAGCAAGUGCUCUCGGCUGUUGAAGGCGAACGAGGACAAAAAUGUCUUCCUUAGACAAGCUAAGAAGGACAUGAAGAGAUUGAGGCAAGAAAUUGAAGACAAGCAAACUGGUCUCAUGGAAGAACUAAAACGCCUUCAGAAUGAAAACACAGAAAAGGAGAUGAAGAUUGUUCUCCUUGAGACAGAGAAAAUGGAAGAAAGCAGAAAAGUGGUGCUUCUGGAAACCACUGUAGCAAAUUUAGAACACCUCUUAAAGACCCAGGAGAGACAAGGCUUGGUCAUGGAAGAAGAAAUAGUUGUCCUGAAAGAGGACAUAGCGAAACUGGAGGAUGAAAAGAAGCAAUUGGAGAGCAAUCUGGCCUUAUCUCGUUUAGAAAUGGACACAAUAGCGACACAGAAAAACAAGGAAAAUGAGAUGAAAACCGACCUCCUUGAGAAAGACAAACAACGGAAAGAGAUCGAGGCUCUCGAGAACAAGUGCUCUCGGUUGUUGAAGGCGAUGAAGGACAAAAAUGUCUACCUUAGACAAGCUAAGAAAGACAUGAAGAGAUUGAGGCAAGAAAUUGAGGACAAGCAAACUGGUCUCAUGGAAGAACUAAAUCGCCUUCAGAAUGAAAACUCAGAAAAGGAGAUGAAGAUAGUUCUCCUUGAGACAGAGAAAAUGGAAGAAAGCAGAAAAGUGGUGCUUCUGGAAACCACUGUAGCAAACUUAGAACACCACUUAAAGACCCAGGAGAGACAAGGCUUGGUCAUGGAAGAAGAAAUAGUUGUCCUGAAAGAGGACAUAGCGAGACUGGAGGAUGAAAAGAAGCAAUUGGAGAGCAAUCUGGCCUUAUCUCGUUUAGAAUUGGACACAAUAGUGACCCAGAGGGAAGGUCCAAACGCUCAUCCCAAUGAUCAGGCACCUGGAAUCUCACACCAAGUGGAGGAGGAGGAGGACAGAGAGCCUGACAGUACUGCCAAGAGGGCCCAAGAAGACGGAGCUAGUAUUGAAAAUGAAGGCAGAGAUACACCAAAAUAUAGAAGAUUGUUGAGCGAAAUAAGAAAUUUAAAAAGAGGACAGAAACAGCUUCGAGAGCAGUUGCUGGAAGGGCGGAAAAAAUACGAGGAAUUGGAGAGCAUUGCACUAAGCCUCCAAAGGAAAAAUAACAGGAAGGAUAGAAGAAGGAAGAGAAGGGAUUGGUUCCAAAAGAGAAUGGAUAAUUUCCAAAGCUACGAGAAUGAAAGUGGAGAAGAGACCAAGCUCCCCAGGCCUGCUGAUAUUGCAUUCUCUCAAUCUGAAAGGUGCCGCUCACUGAUGCCCUGCGAGUGCGGGGACGUUUGUGAAGGCGAAAGUAUUUUGACGGAAGAAGACUUUGAAGAGUGGCUCAGAGCAAAAGACAUUGAAAUUGCACACACCAUAAUGGCGAAGGAAGGAGACAUUUUCUUUAUGGUGCAGAAGAAACGGAAAGGACCUGACCUUGAAGGGCACAAGCUGCAACGGACAGAAAUGAGAAGGCAAAAAAGAGAGACGAUAGAGGAAAUACUUAUAGACAAGCUAGAGGUGAGAUUUAGAGAGAUGAUGGAAGAGAGACUGAGAGAGAUAGAGGAGAGAGUUGAAGUGAAGAUAAGGAAGAGAAUCAAAAAGGAGAUUGAGAAAGAAAAUAGAGAGAUUAUGGAGAAGAUAAUUAAAGAGAAGAUACAAGAGAUGUGUACAGAGGAAACUUCUGAAAAUUAUAUAGAAGAGGCACCUGGCAAGGAGAUGGAAAUAAUGACAGAGGAGAAGAAAAAGGAGAAGGAAAAGGAGAUACUUGGUAAGAUAUGGAAGAGACAGAAAAAGCGGAGAAAGGAGAUAACGAAGAGACUGGAGAUGUAUAGGAAGAUGAGAAGGCGAUUGAGGGAGAGGCAGGCAGAAAGGAGGACUGAACUCGUGAGAAAACUGGAAGAGUUGGCACUUGAGAAGUUUAUCAAAGAAAAUCAACCAGCAAUGAUUAAAAGGAAAGGUAAAAAGCAAAGAUAA